AUGCCCCGUGGCGGCACUGACUAUCUCGAGGCACUGUCAGUACCGAAACAUGAUGUGACGGGAGUAAAGGGGGAAGGUGUUCCACUCCGGAAGCGGUUACAACCCGUUCAGGUUACAGGGUAUGACUCCACAGCCAAGAUAGGGAGGAGUACCAGGCGUCAGGAACUGCGGGCAGCACUUCUUGAGGAGGAGCUGAGGGGAGGGGGUCUGUGUGGUGGCUGCCGUAGGGUGGCGCUGUGCGUUUCUGUUUUCGCACUUUUGGCGGUGCUUGCAGUGGCAGCAAUGAUGUACUUUCCACAAGGCAGAGAAAUUCUUUUACCCCUACUGAGUCAGUUACGGGGCUAUCUGGGGGUAUAG